AAAAACACCAGAAGAAAACAAAAUAAAAAACCCCUUAAUCUUUUAAUCAAUCGCAUGUUGCAACAGCAACUGCCGACCCGACAAUAUCUUCGGAUCCAAACCCCCAUAUCUUCUUCCAAUUACGAAGCUCGCAGCCAUGGAGGUCGAGGUCGUCUCCGGCUCGAAACCCUCGGCCGACGCUAUAUUGAGGAGAGUGGAUUCGCAGAAGGAUCAGCUCCGCGUGAAGAGGAAGACUCUGCAGGCGGUGCUCGAGCAGUGCCAGAGAGCGCUCGAGUCGCUCGGUACAACUGGCGGUGCUGACGAGGAGGAUAAUGGAGAUGAUGGCGAAGAAGACGAUGACGAUAACAGUUCUCGUGGUUCGGCCGUUGACGACGAGCGCCAACAGGGCCGGGGAUCGACUAGUUCGCGGGCUGAUUGCGAGGCCGACGAGUUAUGCGACCUUCUUAAAUCGAGAGUUGAAUGCCCCGACUUCCUCCAAAAGCUAGAAAGUGCACAAGCAUUAGUUCCACAAAAUAUACCUGCAGAAGAAGGUAAUUCUUGGGAUCUGGUUAGUGAGAAUGAUCUAUGGGAAGAUGAGGAUAGCAACCUUGGUGAAGAAGAUUAUGUUCUUGUUAGGCAAGAAGAUAUAGUAGAGGGUAUUGCGUGCUUUAUGGCUGCAUACCUGUUGUCCCUUAAACAGACUAAGGAAUUGACCCCUAAUCAACUUCAGGAAGCCCUUAGCAAAACAUUCUCAGUGAAAACGAAGAAGGGAAAGCUUCGGAAGGCAUGGGAUGGAAGCAAAGUUAUCUAUAAUGUAGCAUCGUGGGGGGCAACUGCCAUUGGGAUAUACCAAAACCCUGUGAUCAUAAGGGUUGCCACGAAAGCCUUCUGGACAUCUUGUGAAGUUAUAUCAAAGUUUCUCUAAUUUGUCUCUGCUGCCGGGAAAAGCAGGAUUUGCUUCUUGUAUUUAGUACUUUGUGUACUUCCAACGCAGCUUUGUGUUUCAAAAAGUGCGUAACAUUACUGGCAUUCUUUUCAUGAUACCGAAUGGCGUGAUUCCUUGAUGAAUUUAAUCCUGUAAAUAUUUGCUUCCGAUUGAAGAGUGCAGUUCAAAUUUAUGUAACACAGCAUUGAACAUGUGUCGGACAUUUUAGAUAUUUAUUUACUUGUGCACAAUGUCACCAA